AUGAUAAAUUUUGAUAGUAAUGGAGAUAUUUUAAAUUAGGAAUAAAAUUAAUAUCGAAAUUAAGACUUAGAAAAAUAAAUAAAUUAAUUAUACGAUAAUAACAAUUAAAUUUCAAUUUAACAAUAAACUAAAGAAAAAUAAAUUAUAAUUGAAAAAUAAUUACCACUACAAAAAGAAAAUCUCUAAAUAUAAAAAUUCAAAAGAUAUUAUGGAAAAACAUGUGUCAUAAUGCAUAUCAAAAAUGAGCCUUUAUUUACAUUAGGACCAGAUUUUAAAAUAUUUAUAGGAACAUGGAUUUCUUUUUUGAUUUUAGGUUAUUAUUUGACAUUUAAAUACUCAGUUAAAAAAGGAAAAGUUAUAUAUAUUUUAACAUUUGGAAUAAACUUCUUACAAAUAAUAAGUUAUUUACUAACUGCAUUACUAAACCCAGGUAUCGCAAUAAUAUAAACAAAAUAAAAAAUAAAUAAAAAAUAAAAAAAACAUAGUUUUUGUGAUAAAUGUUAAAUAAUAAAAAACUAAGGAAUAUAUCAUUGUUUCGAAUGUGAUAUUUGUAUUUAAGAUUAUGACCAUCAUUGUCCUUGGACAGGAAAAUGUAUAGGGAAAGGGAAUAUGUUUUUUUUUAAGAUAUUUAUUUGCUGUACAUUUUUUUAUUUUUUCUAUUGUUUUUUUUUGUUUCUUUUAUGA